AUGGCCGCCGCAAUCAAAGCGCUGAACGCGAAGAUUCGCUCCAACAAAUACACCGACUACAUCUGCUCGACCCAUUUCUGGGGCCCCGUCAGCAACUUCGGUAUCCCGAUCGCCGCAAUCGCAGACAUGAGCAAGGACCCCGAGAUCAUCUCCGGCCGCAUGACCGGCGCCCUAACCCUCUACUCGGGCACCUUCAUGCGCUACGCGCUCGCCGUCUCGCCCGCAAACUACCUGCUGUUCGGCUGCCACGCCAUCAACUUCACCUCGCAGCUGGUCCAGGGCUACCGCUACAUGAACUACUUCCACUGGGGCGGGAAGGACGCGCUGCUGGCGCAGCGCGCGGGGCAGGUCGCCGAGGGCGUCAAGGAGAGCGCGCAGGGGGUUAAGGAGAAGGUGGAGGCGGCGGUGUCGAAGUAG